AUGAAUAGCACUAUUCAUAGCCACCUCCUAAGUACUACACCUCCCAAGCACUACACCUCCCAAGCACUACACCUCCCAAGCACUACACCUCCCAAGCACUACACCUCCCAAGCACUACACCUCCUUAGCACUACACCUUCCAAGCACUACACCUUCCAACACUACACCUUCCAAGUGCUAUACCUUCCAAGUGCUACACCUCCCAAGCACUACACCUCCCAAGCACUACACCUCCCAAGCACUACACCUCCCAAGCACUACACCUCCUUAGCACUACACCUUCCAAGUGCUAUACCCCUCAAGUACUAUACCUCCCAAGCACUACACCUCCUAAGUGCUAUACCCCUUAAGUGCUACACCUUCCAAGCACUACACCUCCCAAGCACUACACCUCUCAAGUACUACGCCUACCCCUCCAUGGAGUACUACGCCUGA